CUUUCACUUUCCUCCUACUCUUAAUCAUGCUCAAGAAAUUCCUUCGGUUAGAUGGCACAACUAAAAAGAAGAGAAAGUCAUUAACUAUUCACAUUGAACCAGCUUUUUCCGAAUUAUCAGGAGGAGUAGGAGGAUUAGACAACGAUUUCAAUAACCAACACUAUGGCGGCCGUUACCCUUAUAACGCGAGCCACCAUCUGAAUAAUACUAUUAAUAACAAAACCUAUAAAAAUAAUAACGAUCCACAAUCCCCUGUACUCAUCACUGGCACCAAAGAGUGUCCGGGUUUUGUCCAAGCCACUGUAACCCUUGACUUGGAGGCCGCUUGUGAAGGAGAUGAAGUCGAGAUCGAGUUUACAGCCAUUGUCGGGUCAAGAGUUUCAGUGAGCGGAGCAGGCCUUGCAAGAGGUGGAGGCGCCUUUGCAGUCUCACAGUCAGAGCAGGUUCUUCAACGCAAACAAUGGGUUUUUCCCAAUCUUGUCAAAGCUGGCCCUCACACGAUUGCUGCAGGACAAUAUACACAUCAAGUGGUGACUGUGAUCGAGCCCUUUUGGCCCUCGUCCUGCACUCAACAUCCUGAGGGUUUUGUCCAAUAUUCCUUCCAUGCUCAGAUCUUAAGAAUGAAUAAACCCCCCAGUUUCGCCACAACCAUCCACAGCAACUACAGCUCCAACAGCUACAACAACAGCAAUAACAGCAGCAGCAACAAAGGCCCCGCAUCCAUUUUGUCCGCCACAAAGGAGUUUAUGGUAAUGAACUAUAGUUAUGACAGCCUUAGUUACGACAUGUCAGGCUCUAGUGCUUUUGGUGGCAUUGGCAUCGGCCCAAUGCCCCCUCGCGCUAGUUUCUCCAGCUGCAGCAGCAACAGCAAUAGUCUCCAUGGCAGCAGCUCCAUCAACAGCCACAGAACUUCCACCACCAGCGCUGCAAGUAGCGUCAGCUUCUCCGGUAGUAGUAGCGGCAGCCCAAAAAGCCUUAGCUACAUCCAUCCUUGUUCUACCAACACUUUACACUCACGAGCUCUUUCGCGCUCCUCAUUCAACAAUCCAUCCUCAUAUUUCAAUCCAAACAUCAGCCCACGGCUGAGCCCUUGUCUCAGCCCUGUGCAUCCUGGUUUAAGUGCAGGUGGUCAUAGUAUCAAUGUCGGCGGUUUAGGUCUUGUACCUACACCUCAUUCUCAUUUCACAACCAUCCUGAGUCCCAAGAAACUAGUUCCUAUCGAAGUGGCUAUUCCCUCGGAGACUUUACAUUUUGGUCAGACAGUACCUGUGACCAUAACUGUGCAUCCUUUUAUGGAAGGGACCAUGUUUUCGGGCCAAGAAGUUGUAAUCAUGGAUGCUCACUUUGGAGUUUUGGAGACCAGGCAUGCUCGCUCGGCCAAUUCCUCAACCAUGAAGGAUAAAGUAGUGAGGGAGCGAGUAGAUCUCUUUGUUCCAAACACCUGUGUGGGUAGUUGGCCUCAGAGUCGAAACGGGUGGACUCGAACUGUGAACAUCAAGAUGCCCACAAGCAUGCUUGAUUCUGGACGUCGUAAUAGCAGCAGUAGUAGCAACAGUAAUACUAGUGAGAACAACAACGACAAUAGCCAAUCAGGCCUUCAUCCUCCAAACGGAUCCUUGUCUCCUUUGUGGCCCUGGAUAUCCAAGAGUAAUAACAGUAAUAAACACGGCUAUGAUUGUGAUGGUGGAAAUGGUCAUGACAAUGGUCAUCGACCAAGGUCCCCAACCAUGUCAUUACUGAUGCCUAAAGGGCCAAGUAGCAACAAGUCCCACAGAUCCUCGUUCCAAUUGCCCAAAUCACCCAAGAUGCCAAAGUCCCCAACGACGACUGCGGAGUUCCGGCAGCAGCAACAACAGCAGCAGCGAUCGCUAUUGACACAAAGUCUUCGGUCCAAAUACUAUGAUAUCACACAUCAACUGAUAAUUGUGCUCAAGGUUCGAACCAGUGGUGAAAAAGACAAACAAGCCGAGGAUGUGGAAAUUCGGCUUGAUUUCCAGAUUGUGCAUCCUUUGCCAGGUGGCACAGACACGCCCAUGGCUACAGAAUACCAUCCUGUAGCUGCUUUUUCUUUCGAUGGCGACGAAUUCCUUCCACUAGCAUUCGAAGCUAUCCAUCAACGACAAGAAAAAAUUGCAAAUUCCUCCAAUCUACUUCGAGUCUGAGCCUACAAGAACAAAUCAAAGC